AUGACGGACCAAACCACCUCCGGUAACCCACCACCGGCCGCCUCCUCCUCGCUUCCACCUCAACCACCACUGCUGAUACCAAACCUACCAGAUGACGUCGCACUCCAAUGCAUCGCUAGAGUUCCACGGUCCUACCACCGCUCCCUCUUACUAGUCUCCAAGUUAUGGCGAUCCACCAUACGCUCUCCACACUUCUUCGCCAUCCGAUCCCUCAUCCGUUCGACACAACAGUCCCUCUACCUCAACAUCCGCCACAACUCUUCUUUCAAGUGGUAUUAUCACCCAAACCCUAACCCUACCGAUAAAGGCAGCUUAUCUCCUCUCCCGCCCAUCCCAAUUCAACCCGUCGGUUCUGCAUAUGCCGUACUCGGCCACAAAAUAUACCUAAUCGGUGGUUCGAUUAACGAUAUUCCCUCGACAUCUGUUUGGGUUCUCGAUUGUAGGGUUAAUAAAUGGGAAAUUGGGCCUAAAAUGAGAGUUGGGAGAGAGUUUGCAGCUGCAGCGACGGUAAAUGAAAAGAUAUAUGUGAUGGGUGGAUGUUUGGUGGAUAAUCGGACUCGGUCGAUAAAUUGGGCGGAGGUUUACGAUCCGGCGGUGGGCGUGUGGUGCCCGCUACCAAGCAGUUCGGUGGAGGCAAAGGACAAAUGGAUGCAUGCUAAUGCUGUUAUAGAUGGUAAGAUUUAUGCGAUGGCAGACAGGGGCGGAGUGGUUUAUGAUGCGGCGGAUAUGGAGUGGGGGAGAGUUCCGAAGAGGCUCGACAUGGGAUGGAGGGGGCGAGCUGCAGUUGUAGAUGGGGUUUUGUAUUGCUACGAUUAUUUGGGGAAAAUUAGAGGGUAUGAUGUUGAGAAGGAUGUUUGGAAGGAGUUAAGAGGGGUGGAGAAAGGGUUGCCGAAGUUUUUGUGUGGUGCAACAAUGGUGGAUUUGGAUGGGAGGUUGUGUGUGGUGUGGGAAUGCAAAGAGGGUGGUGGUGGUGAGAAAGCAAUUAUGUGUGCAGAGAUUGAAUUCUUCAAUUCUUCAUUGCAUGGCUGUUUCUCUGUGAGUUGUGACUUCCAUUAUAUUACCAGGGAUCUUGAACUAUUGCCAUUGCAAAAAAUGUGAAUGUAUAUGGAUAUGGUCCUUAUCCUCAAGGUAUACAUACAGAUCUUUGGGGAAUUAAGAGCUGAAGCAGUAUUGUUGAUUGUUAAAAAAAUGUGAAUGUAUAUUAUCUUGUCUUGACUCUUGAUUACAAAUAAAAAGCCUUUUGUUGAAAUGUUGCAAAGGCUACUUGUAUUUCUUACAUUUGGUUUGUUGUGCAUAUAUUGUGAACUUCUACUUCAAGUGUAAUGAGCCCUCUUUCCUCUUGACA